CUAAUAUACCAAAUUUGAACCCGAAUUUGACCUUCGUUUCAUGUGAAAUUUCCAUUUCAUUUCAGCACCGCUUCCUAUAAAUACCUUUCUGUAUAUUUUCACUCUCUCACGCCCACACAAACACACACUACGUCGAUUCAGUUUCCGCAAGAAGCCACCAUGAGAGGUCCCAGAACCGCUGCGAUUGCUCACAAGAAGCCUGACGCUGAGAUGCUGAAGAAACGCAAGGCCGAGACGAACACGAAGAAGGACAAGGCGAGCAAGAAGGACCCAAAUGCUCCGAAGCGUCCCUCUAGUGCCUUCUUCAUCUUCAUGGAGGAUUUCAGGAAGUCCUUCAAGGAGAACUAUCCUGAUCAGAAAUCUGGUCCAGCUGUUGGGAAAGCUGGUGGUGAGAAAUGGAAAUCAAUGUCUGAUGCUGAGAAAGCUCCCUAUGUUGAGAAAGCAUUGAAGAGGAAGGCUGAUUAUGAGAAAGCUGUCCGAGCAUACAAGACGAAGCUCAAUGGUAAUGGAUGCAAUGAACCGAGGGAGGAAUCUUUUCAAUCGACUUCUGAGGUCCACGACGAGACAGGCCAGGAGGCGAGCUCUUAGGGAAAUGAGAGCUAAGACUGUGUACACAGGGUUCAGCAGUUCUGGACAGCUUUUGGGAUAAAGAAAUUCAAUUGUUCUUGUAUGUUUCUAGCAUUUGUGUACUACUUCCCACUCUAGUUGGUUGUUACGUUUGUGGUUUUCUAACUAUGGACAUGAUUGUCAAUAAUCAAUAUGGCUUUUAUUUGGCUUC